GCCGGCAGAGGGAUUCUGGGUAACGGCCCCCCCGGCUGGGGCGGCUGGCUCCGCGCAGUAGGUUCCGCUCACGGGAAGUCUGUUGGCAGUGGGGAUUGUAGGGCCGGGGGUAGCCGGACAUGGAGCAGCCGUGGCCGCCGCCAGGACCUUGGAGCCUCCCUCGGGCAGAAGGUGAGGCUGAGGAAGAGAGUGACUUGGACGUGUCCCCCGGUUCUCCUCGCUACCCGCAGCUGCCCGGAGGCGGCACCCAGAUAUAUAGCCAUGGAAUUGAAAUGGCUUGCCAAAAGCAGAAAGAGUUUGUGAAGAGCUCUGUGGCGUGCAAAUGGAAUCUCGCUGAAGCUCAGCAGAAACUUGGUAGCUUAGCACUGCAUAACUCUGAGUCCUUGGAUCAGGAACAUGCCAAAGCACAAACAGCAGUAUCAGAACUGAGGCAACGGGAAGAAGAAUGGCGGCAGAAAGAAGAGGCUCUAGUACAAAGAGAGAGAAUGUGUCUGUGGAACAUGGAUGCCAUUAGCAAGGAUGUUUUUAAUAAGAGUUUUAUUAAUCAGGAUAAAAGAAAAGAAACAGAAGAUGAAGAUAAAUCAAAAUCAUUUAUGCAGAAACAUGAGCAGAAAAUCAGACAUUUUGGUAUGUUAAGUCGAUGGGAUGAUAGUCAGAGAUUUUUGUCUGACCAUCCAUACCUUGUAUGUGAAGAAACGGCUAAAUAUCUUAUUUUAUGGUGUUUUCAUCUAGAAGCUGAACAGAAAGGGGCUCUGAUGGAACAAAUAGCACAUCAAGCAGUUGUAAUGCAGUUUAUUAUGGAAAUGGCCAAAAACUGUAAUGUGGAUCCAAGAGGAUGUUUUCGCUUAUUUUUCCAGAAAGCCAAAGCAGAGGAAGAAGGUUAUUUUGAAGCAUUCAAAAAUGAACUUGAAGCUUUCAAGUCAAGAGUAAGACUUUAUUCUCAAUCACCAAGUUUCCAACCUAUGACAGUUCAGAAUAAUGUUCCCCAUUCUGGUGUUGGAUCUAUAGGUUUAUUAGAAUCCUUACCACAGGUAUUUAGAGAGAUACCAAAUUCCACUCCUUUAAAUACAGAAGGGAUGAGGACCACCUAAGCAUUCUUAAGGAAUCCAGAUUAUCUUCAGUAUUCUAUCAAUACAGCUCUCUGCAGUUUAAACUCAGUGGUACAUAAAGAUGAUGAUGAACCCAAAAUGAUGGACACUGUGUAAUUUGGUUAAGACUGCUGAAGCCAAUUGCUAUUUUGUUACAAGAAAGGAAGAACUUGGCUAUUUUCUUGACACUUUUAUGGGUGCUGCACUUUAUUUUUGUUCGGUUUUUGAUGGGAGGGAAAACAAAGAGUACUGAAACGUUUUGUAAAAUUUUUUUCAUGUGCUGCUAGGUUUUUUUGUUUUUUUUUUUUUUCUGAAGAGAGGAGUGGUACCACAUGUUGCAAGAAGUCAAACUGGACAUUGUUUUGGUUUUUUUAGCUACUAAAUUUGCCUUUAAUCUUAUUGUUCUCAAUUUUGGAAUCAAAGUAUGAAAAUCUGCACAAAUGCAAUGUUUACAAGAACUGGUUAAUUCUAGGAGGCAUCUGCUACAGUCUUUUUAUAUGGAUAUGUACAUGUCCUACUCUACAAAAAUGAUUAAAGAUAAAAAUGUACUUGUAUCCUAUUGCUAAUUUAGCUGUCAAAUCUGGUGUUUCAUCAUAUUAAAAGCAAUAAAUCAGUA